AUGACGCGAGACGACGACGACGACGCGCGGGACGCGGACGCGACGCCGCCGACGACGCCGCGGUCGCUCGACGAGGACGACGCGCCCGACGAAGACGCGCCGCCGCCGCAGACGACGACGACGACGACCGCGGCGGCGACGACGACGGCGACGCGCACGCCCGCGACCGCGAACCGUCGAAGACUGUGCUUCGCGACGGCCGCGUCGACGACGACGACGCCGUCCACCGCCGCGCGGCGGCGUCUCGGAACCUCCGACCGCGACGCCUUCGACCGCGGCGUCGGCGUCCACGCCCCGCCGACGCCCGCGCCCGGUCUGAAGUGCGCGGGGUACCACGACGGCGCGGAGAUGUGCGCGAUAUGCUACUCCCCGCUGGACGACGGCGCGGAACUCUUCACGACGACGUGCAUGCACGUGUUCCAUCGCGCGUGCCUCGUGCGAUGCCGCGAGGCGGACUUCAGGCGCGUCCUCGGCGCGCGUCGGUCGGUCCCCGCGCGACCGCGUGAGAACGCGGUGGCGUGCGCGGCGUUUCUCUCCGCCCAGGGUCCCUCGCUUUCGAUCGCGACGCGCCUCGACGCCUUUCGACUCCAUCAGUCCAUCAUCUGA